AUGUCUUGCUCCUACCAAGUCAGCUCUGGUCGCCGUGUGGGCAACUUCAGCUCUUGCUCAGCAAUGGCCCCGCAGAGCCUGAACAGGUUCCGAGCCAGCUCCGUCUCCUGCAGGAGUGGGUCCAGCUUCCGAGGCCUUGGCAGUUUUGGUAGUCGGAGUGUCAUCACCUAUGGAUCAUGCUCACCCCGGAUAGCAGCUGUAGGGUUUGGAGCCAGCAGUUGCCUUGGCUAUGGCUUUGGCUAUAGAGUUGGAGGAAUUGGAGUCCCAGCAGCCCCAUCUAUCACAGCAGUGACUGUUAACCAGAGCCUGCUGACCCCUCUCAACCUGGAGAUUGACCCUAAUGCUCAGAGGGUGAAGCGAGAUGAGAAGGAGCAAAUCAAGACACUCAACAACAAAUUUGCUUCCUUCAUUGACAAGGUGCGGUUCUUGGAACAGCAGAACAAACUUCUAGAGACCAAGUGGAACUUCCUCCAAGAGCAGAAGUGUGCCAAGAGCAACAUGGAGCCCCUCUUUGAGAGCUACAUCACUAACCUGCGGAGGCAGCUGGAUGCAGCCAGCAGUGACCGGGCCCGUCUGGAGGCUGAGAGGAACAACAUGCAGGAUGUCCUUGAAGGUUUCAAGAAGAAGUACGAAGAAGAGGUGGAAUUCCGGGCCAACGCUGAGAAUGAGUUUGUGACUCUGAAGAAGGAUGUGGAUUCAAAUUUCUUACAUAAAUCUGAUCUAGAGGCCAACGUGGAAACCCUAGCUCAGGAAAUUGACUUCCUGAAAACCCUAUACAUGGAGGAAAUCCAGCUGCUACAGUCACAUAUCUCAGAGACCUCGGUCAUUGUGAAGAUGGACAACAGCCGGGACCUGGACUUGGAUGGAAUCAUCGCCGAAAUCAAGGCCCAAUAUGAAGAGGUUGCCAGGCGCAGUCGGGCUGAUGCUGAGGCCUGGUACCAGACCAAGUAUGAGGAGAUGCGAGUGACAGCUGGCCAACACUGUGACAACCUGCGCAACACACGGAAUGAGAUCAAUGAGCUGACCCGCAUGAUCCAGAGGCUGAAGACAGAGAUCGAGCACGCCAAGACUCAGCGAGCCAAGCUGGAGGCCGCAGUGGCUGAGGCGGAGCAGCGGGGUGAGGCAGCCCUCAAGGAUGCCAAAUGCAAGCUGGCAGAUCUGGAGGGCGCCCUACAGCAGGCCAAGCAGGACAUGGCCAGGCAGCUGCGCGAGUACCAGGAACUGAUGAACGUCAAGCUGGGCCUGGACAUUGAGAUCGCCACCUACAGGCGCCUGCUGGAGGGCGAGGAGAUCCGGAUCUGCGAAGGUGUUGGACCAGUAAACAUAUCCGUGAGCAGCUCCCGUGGUGGCCUGGUGUGUGGGCCUGAGCCCCUGGUCUCCAGCUCUACCCUCUCCCGCAGCAGAGUCACCUUCUCUGGCAGCAGCAUCCGUUCUGGUGGCGUCUGUGGCUCCAGUCUGGGUGGGGCCCAGGUCAUCAUGGGCAGCGGGGACCUGCUCAGCACAGGCUCCCGGGGAAGCUCGGUGCUGAUGAGAGAGUCCUGCACCCCCUGCGCCCCCAGCAUCCCCUGCCCGCUGCCCACCGAGGGCGGCUUCAGCAGCUGCAGUGGGGGCCGCAGCAGCCGAGGUUCCAGCGUCCGCUUCAUGUCCACCACCACCACCUCCCGCCGGACCAAGUACUGA